AUGCCCGAGUGUCAACUUGCCGCCGAGAAAGUGUACGUAAUUGAUACAUCACCAGCGACCACCCCAGAUAAUACUGAGAAGAAGGAAACCUCCGAGGGAGAGGAAGAAACGGGAACACCCUCUUCCAUGAGUACCGUGGUUACAGAUGACGAUGAAAUCGAGCCAGUACAUGCCGAUAUCCUUGACAUCGCCGCAUCACCAUUACCUGAAAGCGACAGUGAAACAGAACAAAGCGAUCCAGAAGAAGAAAGUUCAAAAACCGAAAUGAUGAAUAGCACCAUAAAAACCCUGUGGGACAAGCAACAAGGAUCUUAUCAUAGCCUCAAGGAGGGACUAUUCACUGCAAAAAAAUUCAUAAAAGGGUUUGAAGAGGUAUCCAAGACACAGAUGAAGAAGCAAAUAUACCGAGAGAAACUGAAACAGAUAAAGGCCCUCAAACGCCAACAUCAGCAAUAA